UCUCUUUGGCCAUAUAUAUAAAGACGAAAGCAUUACACACUCGAAGAAUGUUAUCUAAAUAUAUCAACACACAAUCACGUUAUCCUAAGACCAUGGCUUCCUUUGCUCUCCACUGCUUCUUCUUCUUUACUCUUCUCGUACCGUUCGUAUUCACCACCGCCACCCGUGACCCAUGUUCAACGGCAGCUCCGGACGGCUCGGACGACCUCUCAAUCAUCCCCAUUAACGCCAAAUGCUCACCUUUCGCACCCACUCACCCCUCCUCCUCCGUGAUAGACAACGUCCUUCACAUGGCCUCCUCCGACUCCCACCGCCUCACAUACCUCUCCAGCCUCGUCGCCGGUAAACCAAAGCCAACCUCCGCCCCUAUCGCCUCCGGUAACCAGCUCCACACUGGAAACUACGUCGUCCGAGCCAGACUCGGCACUCCCCCACAGCUCAUGUUCAUGGUGCUAGACACAAGCAACGACGCCGUUUGGCUCCCUUGCUCCGGCUGCUCCGGCUGUUCCGCCGCCUCAGCUGCCUUCAACCCGAACUCUUCCUCCACUUACUCAACAGUCUCUUGCUCCACCGCACAAUGCACUCAAGCACAUGGCCUCACGUGCCCUUCCUCCUCGCCACAACCGUCAGUCUGCUCCUUCAACCAAUCAUACGGCGGAGAUUCAUCCUUCUCCGCCAAUCUCGUCCAAGACACCCUAACUUUAUCCCCUGACGUCAUCCCAAAUUUCGCCUUCGGCUGCAUCAACUCUGCCUCGGGAAAUUCUCUACCUCCGCAAGGACUAAUGGGCCUGGGACGUGGGCCCAUGUCGCUGGUGUCACAAACGGCGACGCUGUACUCAGGAGUGUUCUCAUACUGCCUCCCUAGCUUCAGGUCCUUCUACUUCUCCGGGUCGUUGAAACUGGGUCUCUUGGGUCAACCAAGAUCCAUCAGAUACACCCCACUCCUCCGUAACCCUCGCCGUCCUUCACUUUACUAUGUCAAUCUCACCGGAGUGAGUGUAGGUUCCGUCCAGGUCCCCGUUGACCAAAAGUUCUUGACGUUCGACUCUGUUUCCGGCGCCGGAACGAUCAUCGAUUCCGGUACUGUCAUCACCCGUUUUGCUCAACCCGUUUACGAAGCCAUUAGAGACGAGUUCAGGAAGCAGGUGAACGGGUCAUUCUCGACAUUGGGAUCGUUUGACACGUGUUUCGCGGCGGAUAACGAGAAUGUGGCGCCAAAGAUAACGCUGCACAUGACGUCACUCGACCUGAAGCUGCCGAUGGAGAAUAGUCUUAUCCACAGCAGCGCAGGAACGCUGGCGUGUCUAUCCAUGGCGGGAAUACCGCAGAACGCAAACGCUGUUUUAAACGUGAUCGCUAAUCUCCAACAGCAGAAUCUAAGGAUCUUGUUUGACAUCCCCAAUUCCCGCCUAGGCAUUGCUCCUGAGCCUUGCAACUAAAACGAUCUCUAUUUCUCUCUUUGUUUGUUGGUUUGAUCUGAACAAAUCACUUAGAAGUUGGGAGUUCCUGACUAAGAGAUCCGUUUGAUGGCAAAGUCAUUUUAAUUGAAUGUUAAUGUUUUUUUGCUUGCA